AUGUUGAGUCGUAUACACACAAUCCUAAGCUUUCUAUUUUUACUUCUGCAGUUAGCUAAACCUUCAACUGCAUUUGGAGUAAAUGGUGAACUAAAUAUUUUAGACCACAAUAUCAUGUUGGUCAAUACUAAUGCAACAGUUCCUAAAAAAGAGAAAACCAACUUUGAGACGAUUUCUCCAGCGAAACAAACAAAGAUAGAUGAAGAUUGUAAGAAAAGCAUAUAUCAUAUUGAAAAUGCUGCCAAUUUGAUUGAAUUGCAAGCAAAAUGUUGGAAGGUCAUGGGAAACAUUGAAAUAUCAAGUAACUUCAGUGGAUCUCUUGUUGAUUUGGGUUCGAUAAAAGAGAUAGAGGGGGAUCUUAUCAUUAAGAAUAACAAACAUGUUUUUAGAAUUCAAGGUUACAAUUUGCAGGUUUUGCGAAAAUUGGAAUUGGAUAGUCUAACCUCCUUUGUGUCGUUAGACUUACCUGUUUUAAGAGAAGUUGAAACUGUUGAUUGGAGAGUUUUGCCUAUUCUAAGUAGUGUUGUCAUUAACGGAAACAUCAACAAGGUUAAAAACAUAGUUAUAUCUGAUACUGCAUUAACUUCUAUCGAUUAUUUUAAUAAUGUUAAGGAAGUGAACAUCUUCAAUAUUAACAAUAACAGGUUUUUGGAAACUUUAUUCACAAAGCUAGAAAGUGUUACAAAACAACUAACUGUUCAUUCUAAUGCCAAAGAGCUUGAACUUGACUUGAGUAACUUAUACACUGUUGAAAACAUGACCAUUAAAGAUGUCUCAACAAUUAACGUAGCUAAGCUUUCUUCGGUUAACAGUUCCUUAGAGUUUAUUGAGAACCAAUUCUCAAGUUUGGAACUCCCACUUUUAACAAAGAUCCAAGGAACAUUGGGCUUAAUAGAUAAUAAAAACUUAAAACGACUAAACUUUUCAAAUGUAACAGAGGUUCAAGGGGGGUUGAUGAUUGCCAACAACACGGGGCUUGCUAAAAUUGAUUUCUUUCCGAAGCUAAGGCAAAUUGGUGGUGCAAUCUAUUUUGAAGGUACCUUCGAGAAAAUAGAUUUCCCAGAACUAAAAUUAGUGAAAGGCAGCGCGUAUAUCAAAAGUUCAUCUGACGAAUUAAAUUGUGAAGAGUUUACGGCACCAAAGAAUGGCCGGUCUAUCAUAAGAGGUGGUAAAAUCGAAUGCACAUCUGGUAUGAAAAGUAAAAUGUUGAAUGUUGAUGAGGAAGGGAACGUAUUAGGGAAACAGGAAACUAAUAACGAUGCUGGUAAAAAGGAAAAAGGAAAAAAUGACUCUAAGAACCAAGGAAGUUCAAAGAAAAUGGAAAAUAGUGCUCCGAAAAACUUCUUUAUUGAUGGUCUCAAGACGUCAAUUUAUACUGUUUUAACAAUAUUAUUCGCGAUAGUUUUCUGA